AUAUCUGCAUCAGUAGAGAGCGAGAGAGAGAGACUUUGAGUUAUAAAGGAGCGAGCGAGCCGCUUCUGUCAAUGGCAUUAUUCGAAACCAGUUGAAGGAACAGCGGCCGAAAAUGGGUUCUUCUCUGUGCGAUCUCCGAUGGCUUCUUGCUCUACUGGGCGGAUUGUUGUCUCUCCUCCCUCUGGCUCAGGGCGAGGACCAUUACUACACUUUCGUCCUGCGAGAGACCAACUUCACGAGGCUGUGCGCGACGAAGAGCAUGUUGACGGUGAACGAGAGCUUCCCGGGGCCGGUGCUGUACGUCCGUAAAGGAGACACAGCCUACGUCAACGUCAUCAACGAAGGGUACUACGGAGUCACCAUUCACUGGCACGGCAUCAAACAGCCGAGGAACCCGUGGUUCGACGGGCCCGAAUACGUUACGCAGUGCCCGAUUCCUCCGGGGACCAACUUCACUUACCAGGUUCUGUUCACUUCGGAGGAGGGCACCCUUUGGUGGCACGCGCACAGCGACUGGACCCGUGCCACCGUCCACGGCGCGAUCGUCAUAAAGCCCGCCCUCGGCACGACUUAUCCUUUCCCCGAGCCCGACGACGAAAAAGUCCUCGUCUUUGCAUCCUGGUACGAGGAGGACGUGAUGGAGUUAAUGAGAGAGGCCCUGUCCGAAGGUGGAUUGACGACAUUAUCAAGUGCUUACUGCAUCAAUGGCCAGCCUGGUGACUUUUAUAAUUGUUCCAGAGACAGCACGCAUAGAAUAUCCGUUGAUUAUGGCAAGACCUAUCUUCUCCGUCUAGUCAACUCGGUGCAGAACACCGACAUGUACUUCGCGAUCGCGAACCACACCCUGACGGUGGUCGGAUGGGACGGAGCCUACGUCAAGCCCCUGGUCACAAGUUGCCUCAUGAUAACCCCCGGUCAGGCGAUGGACGUUUUGGUCACGGCCGACCAGCCGCUCGGUGAGUACUACAUCCUCCUCUCGCCUUUCUUCGACGGUCAAGCAGACGACUUCGACCACAGCAUUGCCAGCGCGAUCUUCCAGUACAAUGGCAACUACUCUUACACCGGAUUGCCGGCGUAUCCGAGCGAUUUUCCUGGAUGGGAGGAUGUGGAGCCCGCGACUUCCUUCGUCAAACGACUGAAAAGCUUGAACUCGGUGGAGCACCCCAUCGACGUGCCCAGGGACGACGAGAUCACGACCAGGAUGUUCAUCUCCGUCUCAAUCAGCAUGAUGCGAUGUCCGAACGCCUCGUGUGAGGGACCGGAUGGAAAUCGCCUUGCAUCCGCGUUGAACAACAUUUCGUUUGCAAACCCUGACUUGGAUGUGCUCCAAGCAUACUACAGCAAUGUCGCCGGGUAUUACGCGGCAGAUUUCCCUGAUCGGCCGCCUACGUUGUUCAACUUUACGUCCGACGACCUAUUGACGGACAACGUGACUUUAUCGGACCAAGGAACGAGAGUCAAGGUACUGAACUACAACGAGACGGUCGAGAUAAUCUUCCAGGGGACCAACGUGAUGAACUCCGGCGAGACUCACCCGAUGCACCUGCACGGGUUCCGGUUCUACGUGGUCGGACUGGGCAGGGGCAAUUUCGACAAUGAGACCGAUCCAGAAACCUACAACCUGUACGACCCGCCUGAAGCGAACACUGUCCCAGUGCCUAAGGACGGGUGGGCUGUCAUCAGAUUCAGGGCAGACAAUCCCGGCGUAUGGUACAUGCACUGUCAUUUCGAUCGGCACAUGACGUGGGGCAUGGACACGGUAUUCAUAGUCCAGAACGGGACCACGGCUGAGACAAGCAUCCGGAAGCCUCCGUCGUACAUGCCUCCUUGCGAGACGGACUCGUCGCUAUUGAGCGCCCUUCAUUCUUACCUCCGGCAGCAGGCUUAAGAAAUUUUCACUACAUGGUGUAGUUGUCCUGGGAAGCUUUCAUUCCGAAACAGAGAGACCACAUUUUAGUGCAGGGUACCUGUCGAUUCUUUCUCCUUUCUUGAUGUUUUUUGAAGGAAAGAAAAUUAUAGCCCCCACUCAGCUUAUGGUGCUGAA